AUGAAUCGCGCAUACGUGGUUAUGGGCGAGAAGCAAGAUGCCGAUUGGAUUAAAAAUAUUCAGCAGCUCAUCUAUCAUCAAAAGACAUUAGAGGAGGAAAUCAAACUCUGGUGCUCGCAUAUCCCGCCGAGGAUCAAUUUAAACCAAAGCGAGGGCUUCAAUAGUGAACUAGCCUACUUUGUUCAAGGACGUGGGAUAUCUUGCCGUGAAUGGAUUCACCGACCAUUCCUCUACUAUGCAAUACACCAGCCUGCCGAAGACCCCAUCAUGCCACAGAUAAUGCCACUUGCUCAAGAAUGCCUCCGCUUGUGUGUCGAGUGGCAAUCCAAUGUUCUACCAUACCAUCUGCAUCAUGGCACCUGGUAUCAGGCUCGCUCGUCAGCGACUCGAGCCCUACUGCUCAUUGCUGCUUUUAGGAGUGGGACAAUCGAGAUGCCAUUGAACUGGAAACAUACAGUUCAGCUUGCAUUGAACUGCUUACAACACUGGGCUAGAGAUGGCUCAGAUAUUGCCCAGGCAGCUGACUCUGUGCAGAGCUUAUUCAAUAUGACCUAG